AAAAAACUACGCUGUCCUAAAUGUAUAUUAUGCAGUGCCUGAUUCCUUCUGUAUUUGAUGGUAGUUGGUUAGCUCGUGAGAUUCCUUGAUCUAUAGUUCAAAAACUGAGUCCUUGAUUCAUCAGUACUGUUCGCUUGAGACUGUAUAUUUUCGAUUGGUAAAGAACUUUAAAAGAAAAGAUCCAUGACCUGUUCCUGACCGCUGCGGUUCUGCUUCCCUCUGUGCUGCUUGCUUGCCUGCGAUUUGGAAGAGACAGGCGCGACGUUGGUAUAGUAAGUACUAAAAACCACAGUUAUAAGAACUCGUGACUUCUUCGCUGGAUGUGAAUUAUUUUUCAAAAAACUGACUGAGAGGACUGUGCCUGAGUCACAGUGACUAGAGUACCCAAGAUGUCCGGUUCUGAAGAUGGUGACGCCCUGGCCAAGCUGAUGGCUGGCAUGGGGUUCACCGAUGACGAGGAUGAGGAAGGCAACAAGGACGCGAAGGAAGAUCUUGACGACGAGGAAGAAGAGGAGGAAGAGCUCGACCUCGAAGCCUUGGCCGAAGAAAAACGUUUACUCGAAGCGCAAGCUUUAGAGGAAGCUUUGCGUGUGCAACAACAGGAGAAAAGAGCCAAUAGGUUUGGGUGUCCACGACCGGGGGAUCCAGAGUAUGAGACAUUCAGCAUGGAAAAAGACAUCGUAUUGCGUAUCCUGCAGCAACCGCAUCUGGAAUAUCAAACCAGGCAACAGAGAUUACAAGUUAAGGCACAUCAGGUUGAUUAACUUUUCAUUUACUUCGAAAAGAACAGGAAGCAUCUGCAGUUCUUUAUUUUAGUCCUCUUGAGGAACUCUUCUAGUUGCAAUGCAUAGAAGAAGUGUAUUCAUCACAACAUAAUUCAUAGAGCAGUAGUAAAUGGAGGAAGGCCCGUAAGUGGAGGAAGGCUUUUUUUUUGAAUUUUGAAAAUGAUGACCAAGACUUGAAGAUGUUAUUAACUUGUCUUUGUUCUCGUCCGAUUAGUCUUUGUUCUCGUCCUCCUCUAAUCGGAAGCAGGUGAAUGAAGCCCGCAUGAAGUGGGAGCAAGCAGAGCAGGACAAGGUAGCCAAAGGUAACGAAGAUGCGGUACGUGCGGCUCAACGGAAAAUGCGACUGCAAAUGAUGGAAAAUGCGAAGGAGCUGUUGGUACUAUGACAUAAGUAGUAAGGUUCUUGCAAAUGAUGGAAAAUGCGAAGGAGUUGAUGCUACUUUUUUGCCACAGCCCACAGAAUCAAAUUAUAGCGUCCUUUUCCUAAUACGAGUUUCUUCGCAACUCAGAAAAAGAUCUCUACACUCACGACUAGGUACUAGAUGGUUACGGUAGAAGUUCAUCUCAUGAACCAAAUUCCAAUAUAUGUUCCUCUUCGCUCUCGCUUUCACCAGGCAAAGCGCGCCCAAGAGCGUACGAAGGCUGGCCAGCGUUUCUCCCAGGAUGCUCUUGUCGAGGCUAUGCUAGCCAAAAAACGACGAAGGAAAAAAGAAGACGAGGACCGCCUAGCGGAGCAACGAGCUUGGAACCGGAAAAUUACAGAUGCUUUCAUCGACACUUUCACCCUUCGUCCAGUCUGGAAAGCCAUCGGCAACGAAGCGGCCAAUGUAACUGCGAAACAGGCUGCACAAGCUAGCGACGUAUACGAGCGAUUGCCGACUUAUCUUCGGCUACAACAGGAGUUGGGCGUGAUGGAGGAAAAAGAAAGGCUAGUGUUGGAGAGGGACAUGGCUCUGGAGAAUAUGUUCAUGGAAAAAGUAAAGUACAAUGAAGACAAGUCUGAGCGGUGGUACAUGAAGGCAGUUCCGUUUCUUCAAGCAGAGCAUUCUUCAGAUAACACCUACGAGCCACAGAACCGGUUAAUGGACACACAUGCGUUGCACCCUACGCGCGAGCCUCCCAAACUAGGUCCGCCAGUCUGGCCUGCGCAAGGUUUGCGAAUAGUGCAAACCCCAGACGUAGUACGUGACACGCACACCCGUAAAUUUAUGACCUCACUUAUAGUCUAUCUCUUAGCCCAUCAUCUGUGAGCUGUUUCCAAGUAGAAAAACGGAAGCAGAUGAGAGAAAAGGUGGAUUGUAGUGAGUUCUAAUAAAUGGUUUGAUGCAUACGAGGAAAAGAAUCGAUAUUUCACAAAAAUUGAGCACUCGAAAUUGCCUACCACAAUUCCCAAUACAAGUAAAACGCAGUUCCCCGGUGCGCCCGUAACUGUGGCUUCGUUUAUGCUGCAUCCCCCAGAGGAUGAGCAGAGGGGAUUCCCUAAGAGGAACUUGUGGGUGAAAAAAGAAUCGCGGAGGCAUCCAGGCUUUCAUUAUUGGCAGAACCAAGCCACAGGGGAUACCGUUUGGGACGACGCGAGUUUUCCUUUGAAGCAGGAAAAAUAUUUCGAAGCUGUAGAAGGGGAGGGUCAGUUACAGGGUACUUGGAAAUCUGAAGAUGACAUCAAGGAAGCGCAUGGCGGCAUCCCAGUGGACAAGCAUUUGCUCCCUGGCGGACAGCUGCUGUCGGAUGGCUUGUUGUCGGGACAUUUACCCCCAGGAUAUGUCCCGCAGAUCGACCGAAAAUUGUACCCAGUGGGUCUUGAGAAGUCUCCUUCACCGAUAAAACGAGGCUGGGCACAGGGCCUCCUGUCGAAAACGGGAGCAGGAGGUGGAAGUGUGCUGACGCAGACGGCCAAAAAAGUGACACAAAACGUCUCUUCUGAAGCUGGGGCUUCUGGGACAAAGGCUUCUGUUGAAGGUUCACCUGGAGGUACUGGAGGUGGAAACAAGGCUCCUCCUGGAACAACAACAAGUGCACCUGGAGCAGGAGGUGGAACAAGUAAGUUCCCUUCUCGCCCAUUGGAUGCGAAGCAAGAUUCUUUGAUGCGAAGUGCAGGUGUAUCCAGCGACUCCCAGGGAUUGGACUACAGGAGAUCACGGAGACCGUCCGAACCAACGCUGAGACGGACGGGAGUUUUUGAGGCUAUUAAAAAGGAAUACGCUGAUAAUAUUGUUGAAGGUCCUCGUAGGAGUCAAGAUAAACAUUUUCAACCAGGCACUUCUACAAUGAGUAGUAGCACGAGGAAAGGUAAGGGUAACAAAGAAAAAGAACCUAUUAAACAACAAGAAGGAGAAGCACAACUCAACAUGGCCCCGCCGUGCGACUUCAGGCCGGAUAACGAUCGCAUGUCUUCGAUGGACCCCUCCAUGGAGUUUACCGCAAACCUUAGCUCCACAACUAGUGUCGAGGAUAUGGAGAAGAAAGUGCAUGCCUAUUACGCGGACUGGCGCAACGAGUUACUCGAAGAGACGCCACCGGAUAGUAAAACUCUGCUUUUUCGACAGCAUCGGCUUCUAUCAGAAGUGAGCCAACCGCCGAUUGUGGGUCGGAGAACGUGGCGGCGCGAUCCUUCUCUCUACUUGAGUGCCUCGAAUAAAAAGGCUCAGGGACCGACGAGGCAAUAAUAAUAGGUAAAAGUCUAAGCAGAUCUCAGUAGAUCGAUGACACAGUCAACAUCCGAGUGCUAGUAAUAUCAGAAUCUGGAGGUGACAGCGGCUGCUUGAUCAUACUUUUGUUCGCU